UUUCGGGUCACAGGCCACGAGCGUUUCCUGUGAUGUAUUACCUGUUCGCCAAGCUGCUCACGUGUUACCGGAGAGGAAGUAACGUAAUCCAGGAGACGAGAAGCUCGGCUGUGGCGCUGCCGUGAAGGCGUUCCAGCAACAUGUAUCAUCUACCGAUGAAACUCCUGCGCAAGAAGAUCGAGAAGCGGAACCUCAAAUUGCGGCAGCGAAACCUAAAGCUACAGGGAGCCUGGACUGCGAGCCUGUCAGAAACUCAAAAUGGAGAUGUCUCUGAAGAAACAGUAGGAAGUGGAAAAAUUAAAAAAUCCUUAAAACAAUCUAUGAAGGCAGGUUUAUCAGAAGCCCAAAAUGGAGAUAGAUCUGAAGAAACAGUAGGAAGUAGAAAAGUUAAAAAAUCCUUAAAACAAUCUAUGAAAUUAGGCUUAUCAGAAGCCCAAAAUGGAGACAAAUCUGAAGAAACAGUGGGAAGUGGAAAAGUUAAAAAAUCCCUAAAGCGGUCUAUGAGUAAGGGCUUGUCAGAAGCCCAAAACGGAGGUAGAUCUAAAGAAAAAGUGGAAAAUGUAGAAGUUAAAAUAUCCCCCAAGAAAUCUACCGUAUUAACCAAUGGAGAAGCAGCAAUGCAGUCUCCCAAAUCAGAAUCUAAGAAGAAGAAGAAGAAAAAGAGAAAAAUGGCGGAUGAUCAUGGGCCUAAUUCCAAAAAAGCAAAAACCGAAGACAAAGGGGAAUCUGAAGAAGGUGCUCAGGCUCCAGAAGAAACAGAAACCAGAGUUGAGAAGCCAGACAAUGGAGAAGAGGACAGUGAAAUACCCAGCCUGCCCCUGGGACUGACAGGAGCUUUUGAGGAUACUUCAUUUGCUUCCCUAUCUAACCUUGUCAAUGAGAACACACUGAAGGCAAUAAAAGAAAUGGGCUUUACAAACAUGACUGAAAUUCAACAUAAAAGUAUCAAACCACUUCUGGAAGGCAGGGAUCUUCUCGCAGCUGCAAAAACAGGCAGUGGCAAAACCCUGGCCUUUCUCAUCCCUGCAGUGGAACUCAUUGUUAAGUUAAAGUUUAUGCCCAGGAAUGGAACAGGAGUUCUUAUUCUCUCACCUACUAGGGAACUGGCCAUGCAGACUUUUGGUGUUCUUAAAGAGCUAAUGACACACCAUGUCCACACAUACGGAUUAAUAAUGGGUGGCAGUAACAGAUCCGCUGAAGCACAGAAACUCGCUAAUGGGAUCAACAUCAUUGUGGCUACACCAGGCCGUCUUCUGGACCAUAUGCAGAAUACUCCAGGAUUUAUGUAUAAAAAUUUACAGUGUCUGGUUAUUGAUGAAGCUGAUCGUAUCUUGGAUGUUGGGUUUGAAGAGGAAUUAAAGCAAAUUAUUAAACUUCUGCCAACACGCAGACAGACGAUGCUCUUUUCUGCCACACAAACUCGAAAAGUUGAAGACUUGGCAAGGAUUUCUCUGAAAAAGGAGCCUUUGUAUGUUGGUGUUGAUGAUGAUAAAGCUAAUGCAACAGUGGAUGGUCUUGAGCAGGGAUAUGUUGUUUGUCCUUCUGAAAAGAGAUUCCUCCUGCUCUUUACGUUCCUUAAAAAGAACCGGAAGAAGAAACUAAUGGUCUUCUUUUCAUCUUGUAUGUCUGUGAAAUACCACUACGAAUUGCUAAACUACAUCGAUUUGCCUGUAUUGGCCAUCCAUGGAAGGCAGAAGCAAAAUAAACGUACGACCACAUUCUUCCAGUUUUGCAAUGCAGAUACGGGGAUAUUGUUGUGCACAGAUGUGGCAGCUAGAGGGCUGGAUAUUCCUGAAGUCGACUGGAUUGUUCAGUAUGACCCUCCAGAUGACCCCAAGGAAUACAUUCAUCGUGUGGGAAGAACAGCCAGAGGCCUAAAUGGAAGGGGACAUGCCUUGCUCAUUUUGCGCCCUGAAGAACUUGGUUUCCUUCGUUACUUAAAACAGUCCAAGGUACCAUUAAGUGAAUUUGAGUUUUCCUGGUCCAAAAUUUCUGACAUUCAGUCUCAGCUCGAAAAAUUGAUUGAAAAGAACUACUUUCUUCAUAAGUCAGCCCAGGAAGCAUAUAAAUCAUACAUUCGAGCAUAUGAUUCCCAUUCUCUGAAACAGAUCUUUAAUGUUAAUAACUUAAACUUGCCUCAAGUUGCUCUGUCAUUUGGUUUCAAGGUGCCUCCUUUUGUUGAUCUGAACGUGAACAGCAAUGACGGCAAGCUUAAAAAAAGAGGAGGUGGUGGUGGAUUCGGCUACCAGAAAAUGAAGAAAGUCGAGAAGUCCAAAAUCUUCAAACACAUCAGCAAGAAAUCUUCCGACAGCAGGCAGUUCUCUCACUGAUGGCACACCUUCCUUUCAUCUUCAAGAGCUUGUUCUCAAGUGAAAUGUUCGUUCUUGCUCUAACAAAGAAAUAUUUUACUUUAGGAUUUGGACUGAUCAAACAAGUAUAAAUUGACUUGGGUUGCAAGCACUGAGCAUUGGUAUUUCCAGCAAGUCAUUUUUUUAUUUGGGGUUAUAAAACAGUCUAAUUUUUCUUGAUUUCGCAAGGACAAAGCAAGGGACCUUUUUGGUCUUUGUUGUGAUUAUAGUUUUUAUCCUUUCAUUUGUCAUUGUUUUUCAUCCUCUUUGUAACUUUUCUUCCUGGUAGCUGAAAGUUUCUGCAGCAUGGGUUGCUAACUAACCUGCUGUAAAAAGCAGAUGACCUACUAUACUGGGCAGGAGGUAACAGUGGUGGGGGACAGUGCAGGAAAAUGUUUCGGUUUAUUUUUUUGGUUUUUGUUGUUUCUUGGACCUCAGUGGUAGUUCCUGACCCUUCCUGAAAAUGCUAUUGUGUAAAAAGGCAAAGAGCUUUUGGAAAUACCUAAGAAGCACCUUCAGUUAAAGGUGGCAUCGACUUUUAUAUAUAACAGAUUUAAAAUAAUGAGCCUUUGCCAAUUUUAUUGUUUUAAGAGCAAGAAAUAUGAGUUAUGAUUUGAAUAAAAUGCCCUAGCAGUUCUAUUUGGAAUGGGGGGAGAGCUCAGACUUCUGAACCUUAUUUACACCAGUGUAGGUGCAAUGGCUAUUCCCCAUGUGGUAAUUUAGCAAAGACCUUUAAAAAACAAAUAGGGUCCUCAUUCAGAUCUGUUUUAGGUGGUUUGGAUUUUUGUGAGCCCUUUCAACUCUACAGAGCAUUUUGGGGGUUGGGGAGAGAAAUUGCCUCUUCCCAAUCUAUGAAAUGCAAAUUUACAGUGAAAUUGAAAAUGAACAGAGGUCAGAAAGAGCAGGGUUUUAGUCAGAUGUGGGUUUUUUGUUGUAGGAGCUCUUGAUUUAUGUUUUAUGUUUUAGUUCUAGCUUGUCUCAUAACUACAAAAUGGUUAUUACAUUUUGUAGCAAUUUAAAACCAAAGUUGAUAGCAUCAUUUUGCUGUUGUACCAGUUAAUAUUUAUAGAUUAUUGUUAAAUAUAAGUGCACUGAGAACAUCAAACGUAGAGAAAACAGUCUGAUAAAUAGCAUUCCAGAAGAGAAAGAAAGGAAUGAUAUUUUUGCAGCUGGGUUCAAUCACUGUCUUUGUAGGUAGACCUGUCCUGAGUUUAGACCUUGGUGGUUAGACUCCUGACAUUUUACAGCUGUUUCUUUAUCCAUAACUUGUUUUUCUUUUCUGUUUCAGAAAUAAUCAUGUUUCAGAAAAUACAUAAAAGCAAAGGGAAAAAUAUUUAAUCAUUGAAAAGAAGUAAAGACUAAAAUAUUUUGAUAUAUAACCUUCCAGUGUUUUAUAUAUGUACUUUUAAAUUUUUUAUCAGAAGUGAAGUCCUCUAUCCACUAUUUGUGACCAGUUUGUUUCAUAACAUGUUAUUUUCCUAUGUCAUUAAUUAUAUCAGUUUUGUGCUUCAUUUACUAAUAUGCUUUUUUAACCUUGCUUGGUCUGCCUGGAUUUGGGUUCUAGAUAACCUGAUUGUCUCAGCAUGUCUAAGAAAAGGUGGAACGAUUGUUCCUAAUAUAAUAAUAGCUAAGGACAUCCAGGCAACCAGACUUGACCAACCUGGCCAGGAUUUAAAUGUGAGGGAACCAGUACUAGAAUCAGAGACAAGGUCAGGGCAGCACCAACUGCAAGGCUUAUUUGUACGAGAAGAAGGCCUCCUUGGUUCCUAUGCUAAGAGCAUACCUGCUGGUGGCACAUGGGGAGCUGUUGACUUGACAAAUGGGAUUAAGUGGCUUUAGCCAGGAAGGUCUGGCAGCAUGAGCAGAGAGCCGAGCAGAUCACCACAUGCAAGAAAAACAUUUGGCUCCUCUGGGCUGCAAAUGAUAAGUCAUUACUAUAUCUAAAUUUUAUUUUGGUCUUAGCAGGCCAGGUUAUCGUAAGUAAAGCUGAAUCCGACACCCAAAAAAAGAUCUUACUUAUUCAACUCUACGUAGCAGAAUACCUGGAUUCAAAUUCCAGCUGUGUCUCCUAUUUUUCAGGGCCUGUUAAGUGUGUGAAACAAAGUAAUAAAACCUGCUUUGUAAGACAGUGUGAAUUGAAUGAAGUAAGUGCUUAGGACAGCACCCGGCACAAAGUACCCUACCCAUUAGCUG